UCGGCGUCCACGCCAACGCGUCCGCCGCGCCGCUCGGCCGCAGCCUGCUCGCGCAGGGCCUGUACGAGGCCCUCUUCAGGUUCUCAGCACGCGACCCGAGGCAGUGCAACGCCCUACGCUGCCAGGAGAAGCUCAAGUGGAUCGAGACGAACAACGUGCAGGUGUGCGGCGUCUGGGAGAACGACAUGUUCGUCUUCUCCAACAUCUGCGACAUGCUGUGGUUCAACUGCCUCACCGAGCGUUCGUACCAGCGGAUGGACGGCCAGAUCUGCGGGCUGAGCCCGUCCCAGGGCAUGAUAGGGAUGGCGGCCGUCGGCGCCGCGCCACCGCCACCCCCGCCGCCGCCGCCUCCACCGCCACCGCCGCCUCCUCCACAGCCCCAGAUGGGGCUCCAGCAGCAGCAGAUGGGCAUGGGGAUGAUGCAGCCUCCGCCGCCGCCGCCCCUCCCGCUGGGGAUGCAGCCCCUGGUGGCGGGGGCCCCCGCCCCCCAGCAGCAGGCCUACCCGGCCUACAUGAGCCACGACUACCAGAACCAGGGUGGCCAGGGCGUCUACCAGUAAACAACAGCAACAACACAAGACUGACGGUCGGGGCCGGGAGGCGAUCAAACCGACACCACUGUACCGGGGCGAAUAAAGAAAUUAAAACAA